UUAAAAAUAAUACUUGUUUUAUUUUAUCCCUUAUUACUCAGGGAGAUUUUUUUUCUUUUUUUAUGUAUAGUUAGUAGGAUGUAUGGGUUUCUAAACCAUCCGUUUACAUUGUUUUCAUCUUUUUUUUUUAAAUUAUGAUUGCUUUCAAAGAUGUUGAAUUUCUCCUUAACGAUACGGCAUGCAGUGAUAUGCCAAGAUAGAGGGGCACAAAGGUGCCACUCUUGAUAAACAGCUACAAUGUAGCUACAAAAUAAAUGAAAACAGAUUCUUUUGGGAAAGUGUUCUCUGAAUUAUAAAGUUCAUUGUAAUGUUCGAGUGUUUAUUAUAGACAAAGUAAAUUAUUUUGUAUUGUAAGCCGCUUUUAACUGUAUCGUUUGCCGAUUUUAACUGUAUUGUUUGCAGAUUUUGAACUGAUCGUUAUUCAAUAUUUCCGGUCAUGUGAUCUCAGUCUCAUAAUUGUUCAUAUUCUUCCAAGAAUUGGUAAUUGUUUAAUGAAGCAGUUUCUUACGCGGAAACAGUCUUACACUGCUUUAGCUGUUUUCUAUCGUUUUUUUACAUCAACUAGCAAAACAAACACGUAUUUUUUAUCUAGAAUCGAAGCAGCAAUCAGGCGAAGCCAUGAGUAAAAACAACCCAUCAAAUGACAUCAAUGAACAAAAGGGAAAGUUAGGAGAUAAUGAGGAAAAUAAUGUCGCAAAUAGUAGCAUCAAAGAGGAAAAUGUGGAUAACUACAAAGAAUAUGGCAAAGAUUCUGAAAAAUAUGGGAUAUUUAGAGAAAAUGCAGACGAGUUCAAAAAUGGCUUUGGUAGAAUCAGAAGUCUAACGUUAUCACAUUUCAAUAAAUUAAAAUUCUUGCCGGAGUCAAAACUUACGUUGAAACACGCACGCACUGUCGACAAUCAAACGUUUACUGACGACAGACUGAAUUCCCAUGAUCAAAUUCCAAAUUAUAUUCUUAAAACGCUAAUGAUUGCUGACUACCAUGCACGUGAGUUCACAUUGAAACCAUUAAAUUCAAACCAGCCUGGUAAAGUUUGCAAUACAUUAAAUGAUGAAUAUGGUUCUGAUAGUGAUAGUGAUGACGAUGGUAAAGAGAAUGAGAUGAAUUCAGAUAAAUUAAAAAGUGAAAGUGUUGAAGGGGUUAACCCUAUGGAUGCAUUGUUAGGGAUUUUUCAUUGUUCGGAUGAUUUCUUACGACGAGAUAUAGCAGUUAAACUUAGUGCAUGUCAACUCAGCGUUCCUUUCAUUUUACCUCAUCCUGACAUGCCGACAGAAAGCGUAACAAUCUUACUUUCAGCGUUAGAAACAAUAACAAAGUCUUGGAAAGGUUCUUCAUCGGACAACACUGCGAAAGAGGUCUACGCAACAGAACAUCCAUUUCCUAUAGUGUCAUUUAUCCGGGUGGGUAAUGUGACCAUGUCUAAAUCGUCUCUGAUGAACAAGAUUAUCAGUGAUGGUAAUGGUGAUCACGAAUUCUUUUUUCAUAAAAACAUCAAAGGUGGUGAUGUUAAAAGGAAAGUCGUUGAUGGUUUGGUUGAACUUGUGUGGUAUCUUCCUGGUGGAUGUGACAAGAACGCGUUAAAAAAUGAAAUCUGUUUUGCCAAUCUUCGUGGAGAUGCCCAAAAUUUUAAGAAGCAAGUUAAUAUACUUAAAAAUUUAUCAAACGUCUUGUGUAUUUUAUUGCCCUCAGAAAUGCCUGACGAACACAUGAAAAACUUCUUGAAUGAUGCUCUGCUGCUCAAUGGCAAAAACAUUCUCAUUUUCAACGAAAAAAGGCGAGAAGAAGAAAGGAAAUUCUACAACGGUUUGAAAAAUCAACAUUCUACAAAAUUAUCAUUUUUCACAAAAGCACAAAAGCCAAACGAAUAUAAUUUUCUUCAAAGUAUUCACCAGGCUAUUAUGCGCAAUAUAAAAAAGGAUGAAGUAAAGUCUUUAGUAGAACUCAGAGAAUGGUCAAAAGAAAGUGGCGCUUGUUUUGAUGACGACAAGCCUUAUGUCGACUUAGGAAAAACUGUGGAAACAUGGCUAACUUCGGGGUAUAACAAAGCAAAAAACUUGUUUAAGCUACAAAGUCAUAUACCAGUUUUUGCUGACUUAGAAAGGAAGAAACUUAAUCCAAAAGUUCGUCGUAGCAAUGAAAAUACGACUCGGCAAAACGAAGCCGAUGAAUUAUAUAAAGAAAUUGAAAAAGAAAGAGAUGCUCAAAUGUGGUCUUUUGAGAGAAUGGAUGACGACGUCGUUCAUUUUCUUAAUUGGAUUACUGUAUUGGAUGAAGCUGAACGAAAUAGAAAUUUGUAUCGAGUAAAGCAUUCGUUAGAUAAGACGUCGCUUUCUGUAAUGACAAAGUUGCAUCAACAAUAUCGCCAGGCUUCACUUUCCUUUCGAAAAAGAAAGAAAAAUUUUGAUUUUGACCCAGAGGUACCAUCUCAGGAAGAAAAGCAUUUAAAGGAAUUGGAAGCAUCAAUAUCAAGAUCUUCGUUUGGUUUGGAGCAUAUCAUUAGAGAACUUUCUCAACUUUAUCAACUGCCGAAUGUUGUAACGAUUGAUUAUGCUGGUGCUGCAGCAGAGAUUCUUCUAUCUGGUCAUCCCUUGGAAUUACUGGAUGGUGAUUCAGGUUACAUACCAAUGAAAUGGUUUAAUGCUGUUUUUAAAAAGUUGGAACGCAAAACAAAAAACGCUCGAAUUUACGUAAUUUCUGUGUUAGGUAUUCAAAGUUCCGGUAAAUCGACAAUGUUGAAUACAAUGUUUGGCUUGGAAUUUCCUGCUAGUGCAGGAAGAUGUACUUGUGGUGCUUUUGCUAGUCUUAUUCCAGUUAGUGAACAAGUCAGAUCCGAGUCAAAUUUUGAUUAUAUAUUAAUCAUUGACACAGAAGGUUUGAGAGGAUUGGUUGAUCCAAAAUUGAGAGAACACGAUAAUGAAUUGGCAACAUUUGCUAUUGGUGUGGCUGAUGUCACGAUUGUCAAUAUCUUUGGGGAAAACCACAAUGAAAUGAAAGAGUUUUUGCAAAUGGCUGUUCAUGCUUUUCUGAAAAUGAAACUUGUGAAGGAGAAGAAGACUUGUAAAAUCGUCCAUCAAAAUGUUGCUGCAACAGACGCUGAAGAUAAGCUUAUAACAGAUCGGCACAACUUGAAACAAGAUUUGGACAAAAUGGCGAAGCUUGCUGCUAAACACGAGAACUGCGAAGAAGAGUUUCAAAAAUUAGAUGAUAUCAUUGCAUUUGACGAAAACGAAGACGUCUUUUACAUCCCAAGUCUUUUGAAAGGAAGCCCUCCCAUGGCUCCAAUUAACCCAAAUUAUGGUAGAGCUGUUCAAGAAGUGAAAGAUAAUAUAAUUCAUUUAAUGUGCUCGAAGGUAGUAAGUAGAAACAAUAUUUCUGUAUUCCGUGAAAGGGUAAACAUGCUCUGGAAAGCUAUGCUGAAGGAAAAUUUCAUUUUUAGUUUCCGAAAUGUAAUUGAAGUUAGAGCUUUUACAUCUUUAGACAAAAAGUAUUUUGAGGAAUAUGUUAAAAAUUUGGUAAACGGAAUGGCUGAAGUUGAAAGAAAAGUACAAGUAGACUUGAAGAGAUGCACAACGCGAGAGGAACGUUAUGAACAAUGGAUACAAAGCAAACUAAAUAUUCGGAAAGAGGCAGAAGACCUCAAGAAGAAAAUGGAAAAUUCUAUGAAGAGCUUUUUUGAAAGCAGUGAAGAUAGCUCAACCCUUGAACAAUGGAAGGAAAACAUAAUGAACAGAAUUUUGCAGUAUAAAGAAAAUCAUCAAAUGACUGUAAUGAAAAGUUGCGAGGCCACUUUUAAUCAUUUGCAGCAGCGACAAGAAGUCGAAGAGAAGAAACUAAAAUACGAAAAACAGCUUCUUCAAAGAGCCAGAGCUUUUAUUACGUCUGGUCAGAAUACAGAUGAUAUGGAAAAGUGCAAGGCAGCAUUUCAACAAGAAUGGGAACAAUGUAUCAAAGAGGUUCCUGCUUACGAAGAACAAAAAAAAGACGUAAAUAGUGAAAUGGUAGAAGUGCUUUGUGAUACGAAUCCCGCUUUUAAUGUUGAUAUGGUAUCAAAACUUAGCAAUAAGAAAUGGGAUAUUUUGAAUUUUCACGGGGUUGAUCCUUUCAUUGACGUGAAUAAGCUUUCUCUACAGCAAUCUAUUUUACAGAAGUUUGGUAGUUUGGUGGGAUUUGGAAAAAAUGAAACCGUCGUUCUUGCAAAAAAUAUCAAAGACGAAGCUGUCUCUAAAGGAUAUGUCUUUGCAAAGAAUACUUCGAAAACUGCUGUUAGAUACUCUCGUGAUCACCUAACACGUAUGUACCAUGAAGUAACCUCUACUAUAGAAAAAGCAGCAGAAAACGAACGCUUUAAAUUUAAGAAAGAAUUGAUUUGUGAUAUUUUAAUUUACACCUUUGCACUCACUGUUAAAAUUUUUGAUGAAAUGGAACAGCGCUAUUGUGAAGAACGAGAUAUCAGGCGUGACCUCGAACUAAACUUGAGACCAAGGCUUGAAACAUAUUUUGUUAAUCUUUGCAACGAAAUGGAGAAAGAAGUUUUGGCUGCUAAUUCGCUGGUCGAUGUGCUUCUUGAGCCUAUCAAAUCAGAGCUUAACAAGACCAUGGGACCUGCUGUGACUGGUGAACUUUUAACAAAGAGCAUGUUCCAAAGCAAAGGUCCUUAUCAUGCCAGUGUUUUAAUUCAACUUGGAGAACAAAGUAUGUUUGAAUUGUUCGUUCCGUAUUUUGAGAAUCCCGUUAAAUUUCUGGAGGGUAAAUUGCAGGAAUCAGUGGAAGAUUAUUGCUUAAAGAAAGAACCUUCUUUGGUUCAAUUGUUGGUAAAGAAGGAAACGCAAAAGAUUGAGUCAAAUAUUUCAUCUGCGAUUGAAUUUGCCAGUAAGUUAGCAAAACAAGAAAUUGUUCUAGGAGGUGGAAAGUUUAAAGUGAUAAACUGGAUUAAUCACUUUGUGCUAAAAUGUUCUACUCUUGCAAUCACAAAGGAGAUGUUUGGUGUGGCCACAAUGGAUGAAGAUUUGAAAGAUAUUGACGUAUUCGACACAAAAAUUCGUCAAAGUGUUUCGGAAUUUGUGAAAACGUUGGCAGAAUCUGAUGUAGAUAAAGAAACUGUUGGGAAAUGGGAUCCAGCUCCCCAUGAAAAUCUGUUCCCUGCAAUGUUUGGCUGUAAGUGCGUUUGUCCAUUUUGCAAAGGUUUGUGUGAUCAGACUAUUGAAGGCCAUCCAGGUAAUCACUCAACACGAAUACAUCGUCCCCAGGGCUUGACAGGUUAUCAUGAUAUCGAAAGCAAAGUUUUAAUUUCCGAGAUUUGCACAUUAUGCGUAGCUGGAGAAAGAAGAUUUAAAAACACAGAGACCAAUUGGGAAUGGUGUAAAUAUAAAGACUAUCAGUCCGUAAACGAUUAUUACAAAUCCUGGACAAUUCCUCCAGAUCCUUCAUUUGAACCCUCUAAAUAUUGGCAGUGGUUUAUAGUAAAAUUCUCAAAAAAACUUGCAGAACAUUAUAAGAAAAAAGAACCUGACAUCCCCUCAGCUUGGAAAGAUGUGACCUUCAAAGAGGCUAAAGAGCAGCUGCAGGAAACUUACAACUUAUAAAAUGUAGAUUUCGGCCAUUUUGUAACAACCAAUUUGUAAUUGUAUUGUACGAUAAGCUUCAUUUUUCGCAUUGCAAAAUUACCGUGUCUUAUUAAACUCUGUUUAGGAAGGAUAUUAACUUGUUGAUUUCAUAUGAUAAAUCACACUGUAGAACGUACAAAACUCUAAGUAAACACGACAUUUUACUAAAAAUAGAGAAGCGUGCAUUAAGUAGUGAGUAUUUUUUCCGUACAUCAUACAGUUCAAGUCCAAUCAGUAUGUAUAACGUACUUCAAUAUGAUAAAUGAAUAUUAAAAUCUUCGUUAAACUUUUUUCACAUUUCAAAACUCUGUCAACUACAGACAAGUAACUUCCCAAAACUGACCAGAACUAAAAAUGAAUCACACCUUCCCAAUGCCGAUAAUAAGUCGUUAUUUACUGUCCUGUGCUCAAAAGACGAAAAAAACUAUUUUAAACAAGGCAAUUAACUAUCACAAUUAUCACAACCAUGACACAUCAAGCGUUCUGCCUAUGCUGGGAAUCAACUAAUUUAACAUCGCCUUUUUUGGUGAAUAUCGAGGAUCUGAUUGGUAAAGUUGAUAAUGGUGAGCAAGAGGUGAUUAUGUCGUCGGAGGCAGACGUGUAUAGCAUUGCUUGUUUUGGUUUGACUUUAACAAAUCCUUUACAUGCAAAACUUUUCCAUUUUCGAAGUAGCUAUUGUCUUAAAUAGGCUUUUCUCUGGCGAAACAAACAAUUAGGCUCGUUGCAGCUACAACGACCAUUCAGCUUGGAAAUUAAUGGCUAAAAGGUUAAGAAAUGUGAAAAGCGAAAGGAUAGUUUUGUUCUGUUGAUUAUGAAACUAACAAGAACGUCGUGCUAUGAGGUAUUUGGGCAUGCGUAAUUGUGGUGAUCGUACGUUUUGCAUUAAAUAGAUAUGAACCAUCAACCAUCGUAAAGUUUACUAUUUCUUUGAUGUCGAUAAUUAAAUUGUUAUAGAUAUAAAUUUUAAUAAGAAAAUUAUUUCUGUAUGAGGAACAGCUGUAA